UUGGCACAGCCGUUAAUCAGGAGUAAGGUGUUGUGUUGACGGUGGAGCAGCAGAUGUCAGCAGAGAGCCUCCCCCCCCCACCCCCCUCCUCUCUGCACAUCAUCUCUUUUCCUGCCACAAAAUGAUGCCAAUAUUUUCAUCAAAAUCUCAGUCCUACCUCUUCACCGCGAUCAAAGAAGAAGCUCUACAGCGGGGUGUGAAGAGCACAAGCAGCCAACAUGUCUGAUGGAAAGAAAAUGACGUCCAGCCGCAGGCAUCAUCUGAAGAGCCUGAUGCUUCAGAUCGCCGCCGGCUGGAUCGAGCAGGAGAAGAAGGACAACAUCGCCGCCAAGGAGGCGUACAUGUCCGAGAACUGCCCCACCCCCGACCUGGGCGGAGACAUGGCCGCCCUGCAGGAACUGUGCAAGAAGCUGCACCAGGCCCUGGACAAGAUCGAUGAGGCGAGGUACGACUCCGAGGCCAAAGUGAAGAAGAGCGACCUAGAGAUUGACGACCUGAAGCUGAAGGUGGUGGAGCUGGCCGGAGUGAAGAAGCCCGCCCUGAAGAAGGUCCGUAUGUCCGCAGACGCCAUGCUGCAGGCUCUGCUGGGAGGAAAACACAAGGUGACCAUGGACCUGAGGGCCAACCUGAAGCAGGUCAAGAAGGAGGUCAAGGAGGAGUCGACGGACGCGCUGGAUUGGCGUAAGAACAUCGACGAUAAGGCCGACAGGAAGAAGAUGUUCGAGACUUCCUAAGAAGUUUUCCCGAAGGUGUGAGGAGGAGACGUGCGGCCCGAGGUCCGACAGAUUAGACAUUUUCCUUUUUUUAGUGAUAACUCCGCCCCCCGACAGACUGAAUCAACACCAAGUGACGCCAACGUGUACGUAGUUAAAAUGUCUGACAGAAAAACAGCAUUUCUUAAAUGUACAGGUUUUCAUGAAGUC